CCCUGUUACAGCGCGGCCGCAACCAUCGUCAACGCGGACAUCUAUUUCCAAACCUAACCCUGACGAUAAAAAACGACUUUAAGAAAACCAACAGUAAACGCAAAAAAAUUAUGCACAGACCAUUGGUUCUGCACAGGGGAGACUAUUUAAAAUAUAGAUUGUAGAGUGCUUUCCCCUGAGAAAGCCUGCGCCAUCUACCUUUCCAGAUCCGCGUGGAGGGCCAUCUUGCGGCGAGACGCUAGGUCUGCGGUUUAGCUCAUUUGACUUUCUUCUUGUCACAUAGCUACGACCAGAACAGCAUAUCAAGCAUGUCGAAAAGGAAGGAAAAGAAAGAGGAUGCAAAUGAAGCACUAACCCGAAUUGCCAUUGUCAGCAAUGACAAAUGCAAGCCAAAACGAUGUCGUCAAGAAUGCAAAAAGUUCUGUCCUGUUGUCAGGAUGGGCAAACUGUGCAUUGAAGUAACCCCUACAGACAAAAUUGCUUUUAUAUCUGAAGAGCUUUGCAUUGGCUGUGGCAUCUGUGCUAAGAAAUGUCCGUUUGAAGCAAUCUCCAUCAUCAAUCUACCUAGCAAUCUUGAGAGGGAGACAACCCAUCGUUACAGUGCCAACUCGUUCAAGCUACACAGACUUCCCACACCUCGCCCUGGGGAGGUUUUGGGUUUAGUAGGCACCAAUGGUAUUGGAAAAUCCACAGCUUUGAAGAUCCUUGCAGGGAAGCAGAAACCCAACCUUGGGCGAUAUAAUGAUCCCCCCGACUGGACAGAAAUUCUUGCUUACUUCAGAGGCUCAGAGCUGCAAAACUUCUUUACAAAGAUCUUGGAAGAUGACCUAAAGGCUCUUAUCAAGCCACAGUAUGUGGACCAAAUUCCUAAAGCUGUUAAGGGUCCAGUCCAGACCUUGCUUGACAAAAAGGAUGAAUUAAAGAAUCAAGAUUUUGUUUGCACUCAACUAGACCUAAUGAAUGUGAAGAACACCAGUGUUGAAGAUCUCUCUGGAGGAGAAUUACAGCGAUUUGCUAUUGCCAUUGUAUGCAUCCAGAAAGCAGACAUCUUCAUGUUUGAUGAGCCUUCUUCAUACCUAGAUGUGAAACAGCGUCUGAAGGCUGCUCAGAUGAUUCGAAGUCUCAUUCAACCAGACAACUACAUCAUAGUAGUAGAACAUGACUUGUCUGUCCUGGACUACCUGUCUGACUUUAUUUGUUGCCUUUAUGGUGUACCUGGGGCCUACGGUGUUGUCACCAUGCCUUUCAGUGUUCGAGAAGGUAUCAACAUCUUCUUGGAUGGUUUUGUGCCAACGGAAAACCUUCGAUUCCGUGAGUCAGCACUUACCUUUAAGGUGGCUGAAACUGCACUUGAAGAAGAGAUAAAAAGAAUGUGUCGCUAUGAGUAUCCUCGAAUGACAAAGACAAUGGGCCAGUUCACAUUGACAGUAGAGCCUGGGGAAUUUACAGACUCUGAGAUCAUCGUCAUGUUGGGAGAAAAUGGCACAGGGAAGACAACAUUUAUCAAGAUGCUGGCUGGCAAAUUGGAGCCAGAUUCUGGCGGGCCAACACCAAUACUGCAUGUAAGCUACAAGCCACAGAAAAUCAGUCCAAAGCACCAAGGUACAGUGCGUCAACUGCUCCAUGACCGCAUUCGUGAUGCCUACAUCCACCCACAGUUUAUCUCUGAUGUCGUCAAGCCUCUGCAGAUAGAGCAUAUCUUUGACCAAGAGGUUCAGAAUUUGUCUGGUGGUGAACUGCAACGUGUGGCUUUGACCCUUUGUCUUGGCAAACCAGCUGAUGUUUAUCUGAUAGACGAGCCAUCAGCUUAUUUGGAUUCUGAGCAGCGUCUCCAUGCUGCAAAGGUCAUAAAGAGGUUUGUGCUUCAUGCCAAGAAAACUGCAUUUGUGGUUGAGCACGAUUUCAUCAUGGCUACCUACCUUGCUGACAGAGUGGUGGUUUUUGAGGGUUCGCCAUCUAUUGACACAAAAGCAAAUUCGCCACGUUCAUUGCUGAAUGGCAUGAACCAGUUCUUAGAGUCUCUGGACAUUACCUUCCGACGUGACCCAAACAAUUUCCGCCCACGCAUCAACAAACUCAAUUCUGUGAAGGAUGUUGAGCAGAAACGAGGUGGGAACUUUUUCUUUUUAGAAGACUGAGGUUGUCCCAGAUGUGGUUUGGAAUGCAUUGCUUGUGCUUGCCAAGGCUCAGCUAGUCUGGGAGAUGAGGUGCAGAGAAAACAGUCCCCAGGCUUCAAGAAGAUGUCUGCAGACUGGGCCGGGCCAGCCCCCACAUGUUGAAAACAAGCAUAGUGACCUCAAUCAAGUCUCUUCUGUCAGCAUAAGUGGUUACAACUCUAGGACUUGCUGCUUCUUACUAACUGGUUACUUCUUACUAACUGGUUACUCACUAAAAUGUCUCUCACAUAAGCAGUACCCUGAUACCAUUUGUUGGGUGUCAAAGAAUGUAGACACAUUGUGCAUCAUCUUGGAAAAUCUUUUUGAGGUCUAUUGUGAAUGUCUGUCAACCUUGUGGACAAGUGUGCAUUCCUUACCACAUUUCCAGUUAUGAAGCAGUUAAAAAAAAUUAAUUUAAUCAAGGUUCAUUUAGAAACAUGGCAAUUUCCUUUUUGAAUGUUUGCUUGAUUUUUGGGUAAGGUGCAUGCACUGGUCUUCACACUUGCAUAGUAAUUUAUAAUGCUUCACAAAUUCAGGGUACUGCUAAGAUAUUUUAGGCAACUAUUAACAAAUAAUACAACCCAAAGUAACCAGUUAGAAAAAAGUAACCUUAUAUAUGCCUGUUUUGCAUUUAUCGGGGGCCGGCCUUUAAGAACUCCAUAAAAAUCCCUGUCAGGUGUCUUGAUGGAUGCUUGUGGCAUGCACUAUCGGCUGUGGUGUAGGAUUCAGACUAUUUGAUGUUAACUGGCUGAAUUUUCAUUAGGAGGAAUGGAGUAGAUUCUGUGGAGGGAGGCGAGAGUUCUUGUCACUAGAUAAAAUAAGUUGGUAGCAGUCACCUCAGGUUGCUAUAAUCUUUAAAUUAUUCAUCCGAUACAACAGCCAUGUUUCUAAUGAGAACAUGAAAUAAAGAUUUUUAUUGCA